UGGGGGCGCGGGACGCUGGGUAACCCCCCAGGGCGGGACAAAGGCGGAGCAAGAUCCCUAGUGGCGGAGGUGGGGGGGUGCACGCGGAAGGGAAUCGUGUGUGUGGGAAGCGCGGUGCCCAGCUCUCAGAGACCCUCGGGCGCCAGCCCCGGGCGCAGCUUCCGCGCCGGCCGCCUUCGGACCUCAUUAAGCACAACAGACGCUUCGCUUGGCAAGAGCCCACACUGCGCGCUCAGUGUGCACCAGGAGCCUGCCCUCGGGCAGCAAGGGAGGUCGAGGCUGCCCAGCCCGCCGAGCCUGCCGAGUCGGUCCGCAGUCUCCCAGGGGCCGAGACGCAGGGCCAUUGCCGCCCUGGAGUCGGUCAGGACUGUUGUUUUGGCCACCCAAAAACUUGUUAAAAACUUAAGUUUUCAGGCCUUGAGGACUUUGGAAUUGCAGAUAUGGGGUCGUGGUCCAGUGGUAAUUGUAGCGGUGGUGGCAAUAGUAGGAGCAAUUAUAUUAUAAGUAACAUUCUUUCCUCCUGCCCUUUCUUCAGUCUCCCGCUUAGGUUCACCCCCUCCCCUAAAGGCAUGUCUCCUAUCGAUGAAGCAUAACACAUCACUUAUCUUCGUCAUUUGCCCUAAAAUGAGGCUCCCACAGUCGUGCCUGCCCCACCCCCCCUUCCUGCACAGAUGCUGUUGUAGGAGCUGCAGCAGAGGCAGGGGUCUGGCAGGGCGCCCCUCCCAAACCCACUCCUGCCAGCCCCGGGAAUCUCUGAUUUGACUACAAGAAAACAAUGACUAAAUGAGUCACCGUUCGUGCCAAAUUAACGGUUGUUCCUGAACUUCUGCCAAUUGCGGAUGAGCCUUUCCUCCUUCCCGGGUGGGUCGCCGCGUGGCUGGUGCGCGCGCGCACGCGCACGCUGUGUUCUCUAGCCCCGCGGCGCUCCCUCCCACUCCUCUGCGCGUCUCCUGGCCACCUGUGGGCAAGCGGGAGGGAAUGACGCGCGCGCACGCACCGCGCCCCCACUCGGCGGACAUGCGGCUGCUCCUGCUCCUGCUCCUGCUGCUGGCCCCGGCGCCCGGGUCCUCGGCCAGAAAGGUGAAGCGUCAGAGGCUGCAGAGCUACAUCUGGGGCCCCUGGGGCGAGUGGAGCCCCUGCAGUCGGACCUGCGGAGGGGGCAUCAGCUUCCGGGAGCGCCACUGUUACUCCCAGAGGAGGGAUGGGGGCUCCGGCUGCGUGGGCCCCGCCCGGAGCCACCGCUCGUGCCGCACCGAGAGCUGCCCCGAAGGCGCCCGGGACUUCCGGGCCGAGCAGUGCUCGCAGUUCGACGGCGAGGAGUUCCAGGGCCGGCGGUACAAGUGGCUGCCCUACCACGGGGCCCCAAACAAGUGUGAAUUGAACUGCAUCCCCCAGGGGGAGAGCUUCUACUACAAGCACAGGGAGGCCGUGGUGGAUGGGACACCGUGUGAGCCUGGCAGACGGGAUGUCUGUGUGGACGGAAGCUGCCGGGUUGUGGGCUGUGACCAUAAGCUAGACUCAUCCAAGCAGGAGGACAAGUGUCUGCAGUGUGGGGGCAAUGGUGCAUCCUGCCACCCCGUCACAGGCACCUUUGAUGCCAACAACCUGAGCAGAGGCUACAACCAGAUCCUCGUUGUGCCUGUAGGGGCCACCAGCAUCCACAUCGAGGAGGCUGCUGCCAGCAGGAACUUCCUGGCUGUGAGGAGCGUGCAUGGCGAGUACUACCUCAAUGGGCACUGGGCCAUCGAGCCAGCCCGCGCCCUGCCCGCGGCCAGCACCAUCCUGCGCUAUGAGCGGGGCGCCGAGGGUGACCUGGCCCCCGAGCGGCUCCACGCCCGAGGCCCCACCUCGGAGCCCUUGGUCAUCGAGGACCCUCCAUGGCAGCUCAUCAGCCAGGAGGCCAACCCUGGCGUGCACUACGAGUACUACUUGCCCCUGAGAGCCCCUGACCCCGGCUUCAGCUGGAGCCACGGCUCGUGGAGUGACUGCAGCGUGGCGUGUGGCGGAGGUCACCAGUCCCGCCGGGUGUUCUGCACCAUUGACAACAAGGCCUCCCCUGACCACAUGUGCCAGAGGCAGCCACGGCCGGCCGACCAGCGCCCCUGCAGCCCCCAGCCCUGCCCACAGACCAAGCACUGGAAGACUGGGCCCUGGAACUCCUGCUCGGCAUCUUGCGGAGGUGGCUUCCAGUCCCGCUCUGUCUACUGCGUCUUUUCCAGUGGAGCUGGUGUCCAGGAGGCUGCCGAGGAGGCUGAGUGCGCAAGCCUGCCUGGGAAGCCCCCUGCCACGCAGGCUUGCAACCUGCAACGCUGUGCGGCCUGGAGCGUGGAGCCCUGGGGAGAGUGCUCUGUCAGCUGUGGCUCUGGGGUCCGGACGCGGACUGUCACUUGCCGGAGUGACGAGGGGUCUCUGCUCCAUGCCACGGCAUGCUCUUUGGAGGACCGGCCACCCCUCACUGAGCCCUGUGUGCGUGAUGACUGCCCUAUCCUCAGUGACCGGGCUUGGGACGUCAGUGCCUGGGGUCUGUGCUCCAAGAGCUGCAGCUCAGGCACUCGGAGGAGGCAGGUGGUUUGUGCCCUGGAACCACCCAGCCACUGCAGGAGCCUGCAGCCGUGGAAGCCGGCGGACGUGGAGGCCUGUAACACGCAGCCCUGCCAUCUUCCUCAGGAUGUCCCCGGGAUGCAGGAGAGCCCCAGGAACCCCUGGACGUCUCUAAGUCCUCGGGAGUCCCCUGCCUCAGAUGCUAGAGACCCGUGGUGGGCUCCCCAGGAGCGCCCCUCAGCCCAGGGAAACCCCAGAGGAGCCCAGGACCCGCACUUAGCAGCGCCAUCCCUGCAGCAGGCUCACUCGGGGGCCCGGGACUGCAGACACAGCCCCCACGGGUGCUGCCCCGAUGGCCACACGGUGUCUCUCGGGCCCCAGUGGCAGGGCUGCCCGGGGGGCUCGUGCCAGCAGAGCAGGUAUGGGUGCUGCUCUGACGGGGUGUCUGUGGCCGAGGGGCCCCAUCAGGCUGGCUGCGCGAAGUCGUAUGGUGGCGACAACACUGAGAGCAGGCUGGGGACGACAGCUGUGGCUCCCACGGCCCCCCAGGCCCAGCAGCACCAGCCCAGUGAGUGCCGGGGCUCCCAGUUCGGCUGCUGCUAUGACAACGUGGCCUCUGCGGCCGGCCCUCUUGGGGAAGGCUGUGUGGGGCAGCCCAGCUAUCCCUACCCUGUGCAGUGCCUGCUGCCCAGUGCCCACGGCUCCUGUGCGGACUGGGCUGCCCGCUGGUACUUCGUCUCCUCUGUGGGCCGGUGUAACCGCUUCUGGUACGGUGGCUGCCAUGGCAACGCCAAUAACUUUGCCUCGGAGGAGGAGUGCAUGAGCAGCUGCGGGGAGCCCCAGGGGGGACCCCACCACCCUGAGCCUGGAGCCUCCGGCCAGAGCACCCACAGAGAAGGUGGCAGCAGUGUCUCCAGGAGCCAGCAGGAGACCAGCUGGCACCUGGCAGGGGCCACGGGCCAGAGGAGGCCUCUGCCUUCCGGUGGCCUCUGGUGGCGAGACCCGGAGCCUGGGCUGAGAGAGGCCCACCACCCCCAGGCCUUGGGAGAACGGCACGGGCCCAGUGCCCCAGCGGUGGGUGGAGAUGUGGGGCGGCCGGUGCCACCCUCCCACAGCUCCCACUACAGGAUUAGCUUCGCAGGCCCAGAGCCCUCCCUGGUGCAGGCUGCCCUGGGGCAGCCCGUGCGGCUCUUCUGCCCAGAUGACGCCUCCCCAGAUGCCCCUGCUGGGUGGCAGAAAGAUGGCCGGCCCGUCUCCUCCGACAGGCACAGGCUGCAGCCCGACGGCUCCCUGGUCAUCAGCCCACUGCGGGCAGAGGAUGCUGGCACCUACAGCUGUGGCAGCCCUGGGCCAGGCCGCGACUCCCAGAUGGUCCAGCUUCGCAUCACAGGGGGUGACGUGGCCACGCUGUCCGAGGUGGAGCCAAGGCACUUCGCUCGUACCAGGGACCUGGCCCCGGGCCACAGGCCUGUGGACUUCAGCCUGGGGGUUGCUGCUGGGGGUCUGGGGUCCGUAUCCUCCUCACACCCACAGCCUGGGACCAGGCUGCAUCUGGACCGGAGCCAGCCUGGGGUGGUGGACGCCAGUGCAGGCCAGUGGGUCCGGCUGAGCUGCUGGGUGGACGGCUUCCCGCCCCCAGCCACCGAGUGGCAGAAAGACGGACAGCCCCUCUCUUCUCCCAGACACCAGCUGCAGCCCGAUGGCUCUCUGGUCAUCAGCCGCGUGGCUGUGGAAGACGGUGGCUUCUACGCCUGUGUCACUUUGAAUGGGCAGGACCGAGACCAGCGAUGGGUCCAGCUCAGAGUUCUGGGGGAGCUGACAAUCACCGGGCUGCCCCCUACCGUGAUGGUGCCGGAGGGUGACACGGCCAGGCUGCUGUGUGUGGUGGCAGGAGAAAGCGUGAACAUCAGAUGGUCCAGGAACGGGCUGCCAGUGCGGGCCGACGGCCAGCGUGUGCACCAGUCCCCGGAUGGCACGCUGCUGAUCCACAACCUGCGGGCCAGGGACGAGGGCUCCUACACGUGCAGUGCCUACCACGGGAGCCAGGCGGUCAGCCGCAGCACCGAGGUGAAGGUGGCCCCGCCGGCACAAGCUGUCCAGCCAAGGGACCCCAGCAGGGACUGCAUCGACCAGCCUGAGCUGGCCAACUGCGAUUUGAUCCUGCAGGCCCAGCUUUGUGGCAAUGAGUAUUACUCCAGCUUCUGCUGUGCCAGCUGUUCCCGUUUCCAGCCUCCCGCUCAUCCCAUCUGGCAGUAGGGAUGAAGGCUAGCGCCAGCUCUAGUCCCUAUGAAACAGAUUCUUGGCCUCCUCUUUCUGACUGGCAGAGUUAUCUUCUGGGGAGACUUUUAAAAACCACCAAGUGGUUAGCCUCAGCAGUUUCCAGAACAGCGUCCCCUAGUAGUCCUUAGCAGUAUCUGCAUCUCUGAUGCAACCAUAGGCUGCUGCUGAGUUGUCAAGAAGAAUCUGACUGGACGAGGAUAAUCUUUACAAUUCCCCUCUACAAAUUGUCACACAGGACCAGUGUGCUGCAUUUUCAAGCAAGCUGUCAGGACUCUCCCUUGAAUUCAGGCUGGGUGGGGAGGUAUGUACUGGUUUCAAAGUUAUCACCUUUCUUUUAAGGGGCAUGCCAAUCCUGUCAUGUCAGGGCAGUAUUCUCGGAUAGAACUAAAUGUUUUCAUCUGAGGCCAAACAGUGGGCCAUUGCUCUAGUCUUUCUCACUCAUCUAGGUAGUGCAGCAACCAGCUUAAAAUCCUGUGUAUAGGGUCAACAGUAGAAUGUUAGUGAGAAUCUCAGCCAAGGGGACUAUCAAGUCUCAGAAUAGGGAUUUGGAAUAAAAGAGCAGCAGUUUUCGCUAUUAUCUGAGCAAGAAAUACCUGGAGAAGCUCCUAACUGUCAUCAGGAAGCUGGACCCUGAAGCCCCUCCUUUUGAGGUCAACUUGUAAAACCUGGCUAUGGAGGAGCGUCUCAAACCCAUACAGAAGUGAUGGGCCUGCUCUCAUCCCUAAGCAAAUCUCUGAAACAAAAUGUUUGCUGCCAAAUAAAAAUUAGACUACUAAUAAACAUAGCGUAAGCAGGAUGGGGAUACUAAUGGGGGGAGGGGGCAAUGUGAUAACAGGGAAGUAGUUUCAGAAAUGACUUGGGCUAGGGAAAGUCAUCCAUCCCUCCCAACCUCCAGUUCUUCAGCUAAUACAAGAGGCCUGGAUUCAGUGAACCCCCAAGUCCCUUUUCACUUAAACUUUCUAUAAGUCCUCCAGAGGACCGGCAGGAUCUAGUAAUAAAGGUUCUUGGCCAGAAUAAACACAGGCAUUAGAGGGACUAAAGCUCUGAAAGGUGAUUUUUAUUACCAACACACUGGCUGGAAAAGAGAAAAAGUGCAUCAUGUUUGAGUGCUAUGUCCCAGUCUUCCUCUCAUUUAACAAAGGAAACAAGGGCCAGGGGUAGAGGCAUUUUUUUUUGUUUUCUUUCCAUCCAAAAAAAAAAAAAAAUAUUGAGGCUCAUCCCCUUUCAUUUACCAUGGCUGGUUUUGCUGUAGAAAUUGGAAAAUAAGGGCUACUUUCUUGGACUCCUGAAUUUCUUUAAUUGAACCAGAAUUUGGCCUAUUGGUAUUCAUACUUCAAAAAGUAAAUCUGAAGUUAUCUUGCUGUUUGCAGCUAGCUCUUCUAAGAACUAAUCACAGAACAGGGGGCUAAAGUUAGCGUAAAACUCACUGUAGAUCCAUGUUUCUCAACUUUCUUGCAUAUUAGGAACUUUAGAAAACACCCUGGGGUUCCACCUCCAGUAGGUUUUGAUUAAAUUGGUAUGGGGUGUGGACUGGGCAAUAGGAGUGUAAAAGCUCCCCAGUAAUUCCAGGGUGUAGCCAAGGUUAAGCAAGAAUGACUGCUCCAGCCCCGGGCUUCUCAUGCUUGAGUGCAUGUGGAAUCACCUGGGAUCUGUUAGAAUGAAGGCUCUGAUUCAGGAGGUCUGUGGAGUGAGAUUUUGCAUUUUUAACAAGCCCCCAGUUGAUAUUUCACUAUGCUGUUCCAGACCACACUUUGAGUAACAAUAUCUGAUUUUAGAGAUGUGCUCAGGAUCACUUGAAGUCCAACACAGGAAUGAAAGUAUGAAUUUUAAGGAUAUAGUUUCUCAGUAGAUUUUCUAGCUACUAAACUAGGGAUCUGUAGCAGCAGUAGAAUGGAGAGAGAGCAAGACCAAAAAGAACUAAAAUUAACACAUUCGCCAAUAAAGAAAAGGGAAAGAACAGCCCUUUACGGGCAACAGAUUCUACCACGAACAUUUAUUUUUUGUUAAAGCAGAUUAUAAAUUCUCAUCAGUACAAAUAUAUAUAACUUACAUUUGAUUGUAAGGCCAACGUUUUAAAGUAAAAAUGAGAUGGGAUCUCAUGUUGCUACCAGAGGUCAAGUGGCUGCAACUGGGAAUGGGAUUUCUUGCUAACCAAAAUGGGGAAAAUGCACACACACACACAAAGCUAAUAGAACCAGAAUCCCCAUUCCCACAGAACUCCAGAGGACAAAAUGUAAAGGACAAAACAAAACUCAUCAAACUAAGAACCACAUUACAAACUAACACAGUAGCCUGUGUUCCCUUCUGUGGAUAUGAUUAUGUAAUUGUCACCGUAGUGUUAAAAAAAAAAAAAAAAAGUAAAGGAUUAACAUAAGGAAAUCGCAACAAUAUAUAAAAGAAAAA